AUGGCUUCAUCAGGCUUCUCACCAGCUGCACCUCCAGUUUUCAAUGGAGAAAGAUAUCACAUUUGGGUAGUCAAGAUGAGAACCUACCUCCAGGCAUUUGAUCUAUGGGAGGUAGUUAACUCAGAUGUUGAACCAGAACCAUUGAGAGCAAAUCCAACAGUGGCUCAAAUGAAGCAGUACUCUGAAGAAAAAAGUAAAAAGCACAAGGCUAUGUCAUGCAUUCAGAACUGUGUUUCUGAUGUUAUUUUCACCAGGAUCAUGGCUUGUGAGACUCCAAAGCAGGCCUGGGACAAGCUUAAGGAGGAGUUCCAAGGUACUGAGAGGACAAGACAGCAGCAGUUGUUGAACCUGAGAAGGGAGUUCGAGAACUUAAAGAUGAAGGAAGAGAAAACUGUCAAGAAGUAUUCAGACAGAAUUAUGGCUGUAGUAAACAGCAUAAGGCUCCUUGGUGAGCAUUUUAGUGAAGCAAGGAUUGUGGAAAAAGUGCUCUCUACCUUACCAGAAAGGUAUGAGGCAAAAAUAUCCUCUUUAGAGGACUCAAGAGACUUAACCAGCAUCACUUUAACAGAGCUGAUCAAUGCUCUGUAUGCACAAGAGCAAAGGAGGGCCAGCAGACAGGAGGAGCACCAAGAAGGUGCCUUUCAAGCCGAAGCCAAGACUGCCUCGAGCACCUCUUCCUAUGAAGGCAAGAAUACCUAG